GGCUUUCUCGUAGCUGAGUGAAGUUGGCAGGCUGUGUGUGUUUUAGGGGAAAGACAUGACUGCUGUUGAGCGAGCUUUGAAAACCCAUUUCGGGUUUGAAAAGUUCCGAUCACAGCAGCAAGAGAAUGUCGUUAAAGCGGUGAUGAAAGGUGACAGGGAUGUGUUUGUGUGCAUGCCAACCGGGGCAGGGAAGUCUCUGUGCUACCAGCUUCCUGCAGUGCUGGCCACUGGCAUCACCCUGGUCAUAUCUCCUCUGAUUGCACUUAUACAGGAUCAGAUAGAGCACCUUAAAGCACUGAACAUACCGGCAUGUUCCAUAAACUCGAAGCUCCCGUCUGGAGAGAGGAGACAGAUCCUGGCUGACUUGCAUGGUGAAAAUCCUCAGCUCAAGCUCCUGUAUAUCACUCCUGAGAUGGUGGCUUCUCCGGCCUUCCAGCCUUGCCUGAGCUCUCUGUGCUCCCGCAGGUUGCUAGCCUGCCUGGCAGUUGAUGAAGCCCACUGUGUCUCCCAGUGGGGUCAUGAUUUCAGACCGGACUACCUGAAGCUGGGAGACCUGCGCGCCCGUCUGCCUGGUGUCCCCUGUGUGGCCCUGACAGCGACAGCACCCAGGCGGGUGCAGGAGGACAUUGCACACUCACUGAGGCUGAGAUCACCACUCACUUUUUCCACUCCAGUGUUUCGGAAAAACCUGAAGUACGACGUGAUCUUUCGAGAUCUGCUGCCUGACCCAUAUGUUCAUCUGCAUGCGUUUGCUAAGGAAGCGCUUGGGGGAUACUCAGCUGAGAAGGGUUGUGGGAUUGUAUACUGUCGCACAAGAGAGAGUUGUGAGGAUGUCGCACACAGAUUGACUAAACUUGGGAUUUUGGCUAGGCCCUACCAUGCAGGCCUGAAAGCAGGAGAUCGCACUGAUUCACAGGCUGAUUGGAUGGAAGGGAAGGUGCCUGUCAUUGUGGCUACUGUCAGCUUCGGGAUGGGUGUUGACAAGGCCAAUGUGAGGUUUGUAGCUCACUGGAACUUGGCUAAAUCCUUGGCCAGUUAUUAUCAGGAAUCGGGACGUGCUGGUCGUGACGGCCUGCCCUCUUCUUGCCGCAUAUACUACUCUCCCAGAGACCGAGACCAACUCCGCUUUCUCAUCUGUAAAGAGAUCACCCGCAAGCAGGAGAAACGAGGGUCGGAGAAAGAACAGGACAAAGCACCUUUGCUGGACUUUGAGGCCAUGGUUGCUUUCUGUGAACAAGAGGGAUGCAGACAUGCCACUAUAUCGAAGUUCUUCGGGGACCAGACACCCAACUGUGCUGGGGCCUGCGACUACUGUCAAAAUCCUAAACUUGUCCGUGCCCAGCUAGAGAGAGCUGCUGCCCUCAGCACUAAGACCGGGCCAGCGCAGAGCUCUGGGAGUAGGGGACCUUUCGGUUUUGACCGCGAGCUCUACGGAGGAGGGAAGAAAGGCUACGGCUUUGAGAGGUGUGACGAGGAGUGGGAGAGCAGUGCUGAGGACGACUCUGAGAAACGAAAAAAAGAGUUCGGGGACCUGUUCAGGAAACAAAUGAAACUACGCAAGGUGUCAAGUGGCCCAAAAGAAACGUUUGCUCCCCCAGAUGCUGAUUGUCCAUUAAAGGAGGCGAGCAGUCAGAGAAUCCCAAGGCUCUCAGUGAAGGCACGAGAGCACUGUCUGUCUCUUCUCCAGGCAUCUCUGACUAACCAUAGAGGCACAACAGAUCACCCUUACAGCUCUGACCCACUUUCUGUGGCGGUUGAAAUAGAGCACGAAGUGUUCAGAUCUUGCAAGUCCGCAAACCUGUACAAGGCUGCAGUUCUCAAGAGAGUAGCAGAGCUUAAGAAAGACGCCGGUGAUGCUGUAGCGCCACCUGCUCAUGAGGAUGGAGAAGCAUGUUGCUCCACUGUCAGUGAAGAGGAAAGGAAGGUGAUGAAUGAAGAAGCAGCCUCGUCCUCUUCUUCCUCAUCUAUCCCUGAAGAUCAGCUGGGCUUUACAUCAGCUUCUCAGAUCUAUUCACUGAAGCGAAAGCGUGUGGGUGCGGGAUUCCGCAGCCCUUCCACCCUCUUCCAGACCGCAUCAGAGUUUCUGCAGACUUCCAAGAAUGAGACCCUAACAGCAGUGCCCGUGUCUCAAGAACCUCCUCAUAAUGAAGAGGAGCAGGAUGAAAAGCCUGAGACGAAGAGAAGCAAAACAUCUCCAUCUGUCUUGUCAUCUUCUAGUAGCCCCAGCAAGAGAUCAGGCAAAUCCCUGAGCAAGAAACAGCAAAAGUUAGCAGAAGCAGCCAAGAACUCACACUGUAUCUCUCAGUACUUUGGGAAAAAGAUGAUGGACGAUACCCCCAAAAAUGGAGAGGCCACAGUUUUAGAAUCGGAGGAAACUGGUGUCUUUGAGGAAACUCCAGAAAACUGCAAUGUUGUCUUGAAUACGAAUAACACAGAGACUCGAUAUGAAUUUUCCACGGAUAUGGAAAACUCUGAGAAGAAUACAAGGCCUGUGGAGAACCAGAAUAUGGAUGUUAUUCCCAUGGAAAUGACCGCUCCUCAGGUAGAAAUUCGCAUGACUGAAGAGGCCAAACAGGGCUUUGAGGAGAGAGAAAUGCUAGAGGCUGAAGGGAUGAAGUCACAGUCUGAUGUGAAGGUACAACCAGAAAAGCCCUGUGAGGACGGAGAGUCUCCCUCUCAUGCCAACACCGGAUGGAGCCGUCCACCUGACAGCAAGCGCAGGGUGACCUUUGACCCUGUGGUGCAAGAGAGAAAGAUGGAGGCAAACAGUGAUGUCAAUCACGUGUCACUCCAGCCUGUGACUCUGAAAGAAGCAGCUGAUAUUGUUGUGAGAAUCUUGGAUCCUUUCUACAAAAAGGGCAAAUUUGCUACAAAGGACCUGUUCAAGUCAUUUGCACGUUUCCUCUCCCAUCUACUUGUAGAAGGAAAAGCUAAGGAUCGAGUCAAAGUGAAAAUGGAGGCAAAGAGCUUAAUCAGGCGUUUCUUCAGCAGCAUCCAGCGCUGCGAAAACGAGACAGACUGGAAACAUCUGCAAGACGCAGCCAAUCCCAAUGCAGCAAACAGAACUGCAGCACAGGAGGACAGAUAGAGCGUCCUGCUUUAAUAUUUCCUUAUUCCUCAGAUGCUUCAGGGCAAAGCUACUCCUCUCUCAGGGACUGCAGAUCAGAGGCUGCUGCUUAUAUGAAGGCAACAUAUUUCAGCAACUAGCUCUCCUUUGCUCUUACUAGUGCACUUUAAUGACAAUUGCUGAGAAUUAUUAUUAUUAUUAUUAUUUUUCUUUUUUUUUUCUUUUUUCCCUCCAGUGCCAACAGGCUACCAGUUCAUUACUGUGAUGUAGCAUUAGCUCCUUGUUACUACUUUAGAUGCUGCUAUGUAUGAGGGAAUGUAUGAACAACAUUCAGACAUUUUACAGAGGGUAAAAUACCAACAAAAUAAAAACUGUUCUGUUUUAGGCAACUCCUAAUUUAUUAUUUGCUUUUCUUUGCUUUAGGCAAAAUGGAUAUUGGUUAUGUUUCUAUGGUCACCAUCAUAAAGGAUACAAACAUGAUAUCUGAUUUACCUUGCAAAAUGAAAAUAAAUAAUAUGCAUUCUUAAAAGAAUGUGUAAAGAACA